UUCUUCUUCACAUCUAACCUUUUCUCACUCUCACAAAUCAAACACACAGAGUAAAGUAACUGUGAAGCUAAUGGACAAACAGAGUUUGAAGAGACUUCAGUUUCGGACAUGGGGAAAGCGGAUAGGAAGCUCAACCACGGCUUCAGUAACGCUAGGAAACACAGAGGAAAAAACUACGAUAGUGGCGUAUGCGUUCUCAUGUUGUGGGAAACCUCCUCGCGUUCUCGUGAAGCAGUUUGUUUUGAGGUUGAAAUCGCGUUGGAGAUUGUGGCGGAAGAGUAAUAAUAAUAACAAUAUUCAGUAUAGCUAUGAUCUCCGGAGCUAUCAUCUGAACUUCGACGACGGUUGGUCUCGUCGAUGGUGAUUUCAAACACAUAAAUUUUAGUGAAUAUAAGGAGCCUUUAUUUUUCAUAAUUGUGUACAUACUUAGAGUAAUUGAUCUGGAAACUAUGUUCUGAUAAUAUAUUUGUGUUUUCUUGCCUGAAAAUUGUAAUAUGCUUUGUAAUUUGUAUAGUUGUUGAUCCAAAUCCUUUUUAAUGUGAUCCAAGUACAUGUCAAA